AGCGUGUUAAGCUUGCACAUGUCUUAACUGAAAGGUUUAGAUUUCUGUAGGAGAUAUUUGAUAUGUUUCUAAUCCAAAUGUCUUCUCCAAAUGAAGCAUAAUGAUUUUGGCAAGAAUGUUAAGGCUGGCAGCUAUCUGCUUGCUUUUUCCUUUCUGUAAGGGAGAGGGGCCACAAUGUCCCUGCUACCACUACGAGGAGCAAAUACUGUCAAAAGUUAUAAGACUGGAACAUAGAUUAGAACUGGUGGAGAAUAAGGUCAACAUGACAGCUGAACCCCGCCCAAAUCCUGUAUGUAGACAAUGUCCUGAUCUGUGGUUGCCAUUCCAGGGAUCUUGUUACCUCUUUAUAGAUGAUCAAGAAACAUUCAACGUUGCUAGGUCUCGAUGUCUUGAUUUGGGUGCAUUUUUAGUACAUAUCAAAAGUGAAGCAGAGUACGAAUUUCUCAGAACUCAUCUUCGGUCUUUAAAAAGUGCCUGGUAUUGGAUAGGUCUCACAGAUGCUCACACAGAAGGAACAUUUAAAUGGGACGGUAGCGAUGAAGCAGCGUCAUUCACAAAAUGGGACAAAGGGCAGCCUGAUGAUACCGGAGAAAAUGAAGACUGUGUACAUUUCUAUUCUUUUCCUUACUACGGCUGGAAUGACCGAAAUUGUGAAAGUGUUUUAAAAUCAAUCUGUGAAAUGAAAAAGUGAUCGUAACGCAUGGAAAAAAACUAACACUGCACUGACUCAUUAUUUGAAUACACAUUACUGUAUACUUCAGUAAAUUUUCGAGACACAAAACUCUUAAGGUGUUUUCUCAGGAAUACACCAAUUACUUUUUGUAAAUAUUCCAGCAAAUUGGGAAGAUUUUCUUUCAGAACCCGUUUUUAAUAGUCAUUAAAUAUAGGCAGAAAGCCAUUUUGUUUCAGAAAUUUCAUUUGUAAAGGCGUCUUUUUAGUAAAUGACUUUAUGAGCAAAGACGGAAAUCUGCUAUCCUUUGAUGUGUUUCAAGAAAUAUAUUAAAUAGAAGGAAAUAACA